CAAAACUGAAACCUGACCUUGUGGUUUUUGCGUUGUUCUAAGUUUUGCGCUACACCCUUUGAACUUUGUUCACUCUGUGGUAAGAUCCGUCAUAUAUCAUUCGUAUUUUGCUUGUGGCUGUCUGCUUGCGAAACUCACGUACUACCCAUGUCUAAGAAAUGGAUAAAUUGCAAAGCUUUCGAAGAGCUUAUUGAAACUUCAAUUCAUACCCUCAAACGGUAUGGGUAAAGAUAGACGCGUUGUAUACUUUUAUGAUCCGGAUUGUGGGAACUUUCAUUAUGGACAAAAUCAUCCAAUGAAACCGCAUCGACUUACUCUUGCGCAUACACUUAUAGUGAAUUAUAAUCUUACAGAUAGUAUGAAAGUAUAUAAACCAUACCGUGCUAGUAUGAAAGAUAUGAUAUCAUUUCAUUCACAAGAAUACGUAGAAUUUUUACGUGAUGUUACGCCGACGAAUGUUCAUACAUUUCCUAAAGAGAAAUUACUAACUUAUAAUAUAGGUGAAGAUUGGUAAGUAGUCAGUUUUUUCUGUUGUUUAAUUUAAUUUUGUAUUUCCUGUUGAUUGGUUGUGUUCAAGCGAAAUGUUUGGUCUUUGUCGACAUGUCGGUUCCUAGUAUGGACGCCUCGAUGAUGUCUAAGGAUUAGCAUUGCUGUCACUUGGUGGAUGGUGCUUAGCGAGGGAAUCCACGAUUUUCAUUCCGUCGUACUUUUGGGACUCGUCAUCUGGACUUACCUGCAUUCUCACUGAGUGAUGAGUGUUCGAAACGAUGGAUUAGAGUCUCGAUGGAACCUCAAUCACCCUCACUGGAGGAUUGUAAGUAAGUGCAGCCGACUAGUCCCAGAAAUAGGAUGGAAUGCGCAUCCUGGAUUCCGCUGCUUCAGUGAUCAUUGAUCAAAUAACAGUCUGACUGACUGGUUUCAACAUAGAACUUCGCACCGAUGUGCAGCAGCACUUCAAGUCACAACACUUCACUCAGCGCACAAAGCAAGAGAAGAAAGUGAAAGUAAAUGCAAACUGGAGACAGUAAACAGAGAUAUGAGGCAAACAGAAUAGUUGUAAUACGGAAGACCGAUAUAGUUUUAUUGGACAUUAUAAGUCACAAGGAGUGGAUGCAU